UUUUAAUACUGUUUUCUGUGCUACAUACUUUCACAACUGAGUUGCACAUUCAGUUAUUUUAUACCGUUGCUUCGCUACUUUUAAAAGGAUAAGAUAUCAGCAAAGUAAACCUUUGUGUGAAACUAUGCGAAUGUAACUACUUCCAUAAUGUGAUGAAUUAGUCAUUAUUUCCUGGGAAAACAAAGAGUUUUAUCAGCCUGAUCGAAGAUCAAUGAUUUAACUGGCAACUGAUUGAUGCACAACCGGGAAACCUCAGCCACACCCCGUGUUCGCUGUGUUUAAAAGGAGAGGCUGAGCAUCUGCUGCAUCCACCACCAGCCUCCUGGACAAACAGAUUCUGAUUUUUUCAGGUCAGAAGGUUUCCUGCAGAAGAAAAGCAACAUGAUUCCAGUUUUCUUCGUCCUCCUCUUUGUCCUCGUCCCCUCGUUGACGGCUGUUUCUCUGAAAGCUGUUGACACAAAUCAAACGCGUAAGGACAUAGAUGUCACUGAAGCCCUCUCCAAGGCAAAUGCUGGCAUAAAGACUCCGCUGAUUUUCGGUGACAUCGCACCGACCAUAAAACGGAAUGCAACACGAUGCAACGCAACAGUCUGCAAAUGGCCCAAAUCUGGAGGAAUUGUCUACAUUCCCAUCCAGAUCAAUUCUAAAUACACCACAGCAGAACGUAAACUAAUCAUUUAUAGCCUGAUGAGCUUCUACUCCACCACCUGCAUUCGCUUUAUUUGGAGGCGUAGCUCUCAUCGGGACUUCCUUUACUUCUUCUCCGGAUCUGGGUGUUGGUCCUACCUGGGUCGCCAGGGCGGAAGACAGCGGGUGUCCCUGAAGAAAAAUGGCUGUUUGUACAAAUCCACAGUGCAACAUGAGGUUAACCACGCUCUGGGCGUCCACCACGAGCAUGCCCGCUCUGACAGAGACAACUUCGUCCGGAUCCUCACCCAGAACAUUCGGCCAGGAAAGGAGCACAACUUUGAAAAGGUGCAGACUAACAACCUGGGAACUCCCUACGACUUCAACUCGGUUAUGCAUUACACCAAGUUUGCCUUUUCCAGAAAUCGCCGACCAACAAUCCUUUCCAUAGCUAAUCCUAACCUUGAUUUCGGGAGGGCCACUACGAUGAGCGUCAAUGACAUCAACCGUAUCAAAAGACUUUAUGGAUGCUGAGCAUGAAGGAGUAAGCCUCCAAAAACUUCAGCUUGCCAGCGAUAUCCGUGAUCUGCUCUGCUCAUCACACAGAAUCCCAGCUAAAAGCAAGAAAAACUCCUGGUCUCUGCCCAUACUAUAUCUGUUUUUACUUUAUAACUUAUUGAGGAUCUAUAUGACUACAUAACGUUUGAAGACAGUUGUCUUGUAUAGCAAGAAACAAAUGUUUGGAUCAAAUUUAAAGAAACAUACUGCACGUCCGCCUGCUGGAUUGGUGUGGUAUUACAUAUCAUUUUGUUAACGAGAACACAAGGAAUUGGUGAAGGAUUUCUUAAAACAACUGUUCUUCUUUAGGUUUUGGGUUAACUUUGGUGAUUUUUGGCAUCUAUAUAAAAAACGAUUGAUAAGCAAGUAUCCCUUGCAUUUUAGCACAGGUGUACAAGAUAUCUAAAAUAGCCACUUGUCAACCACUAACAGACUACAAUAAGCCUACCUUUGUUGACAUUGAAAUGCUGUGGACAUUCCUAUGUUAUAACAGAGCCUAAAUUAAACACAAAAGGGGUUCAAGCACAUUUAUUUAUUUAACACAUUUUCAGUUUAUAUGUACAUUAAACAUUUAGGUUAAACAUUUACAUUUUGUUUUCAUUACACAUUUUAUUUUAAUUUCUCAUGUUCACUCAGGUGGCUCUCUGGCAUUCACUGAAGACUUAUUAUACAGAUUUGUUGCAGACUUUGCAUCCUUUAAGACUCGUUUGGAUGGAGUGUAUUUGUGGCCUGGGCCAGAGUGGUUGAUUUUGCAUGACAGUAAAGCACAAACCGUGCUGUUGUCUAAUGACAUCCUAUUCUCUGUAACAAUCUUUCUUACCAUACUGAACACUCUUUCAGAACUGGCAUUGCUGUGGGGAAUGCAUAGUAAAGCCUUCAUUAAUCUUGGCAGCUCACUGAACCUCACAUCCUUCCCUACCAGUCCCCAGAAUCUGUCAGUUUUGUCUUCUUGUGGGAGAUGCUUGCUAUCUGUCACCUGGUAGUCAAUGAGUUCCUCUCUCAGCUUAUCCUCACUCAAGCUCAACUGAGGGAAAAGGGCCCCUAGCCUUGCCUGUGUAAAGUAAAACAAGUGUUUGACUGAACAUUGCUGAUCUAAACCAUGCAAUAUUCAUUUAUUCAUUUAAUCAAUGAGGAACUGACUCUAACAUCUACCUGUCCCUGGAGUAAUGUCAAGGCGAGCAGCAGGGUCCAGCACUUUCAUGUCCUUCAGGAGUGGAUGGUCAAGAGGAAAGGAGGAGAACAUCUUCUGAAGCACUGCUUCAUAGAAUCUUCUCACAGAUCUACAACAGCAUAAGAGUAAAAGUAGCAUAAGAGUAAACAAAAAACACUACAGCCUAUAAUCUCAUACUGUGAAAAGAUGAUAUAAUUAUAUAACUGCUGGGUAAUAUACUCACUGAAAGAUUUACUUCUCCGCUGACACAGGGAGCUCUUUCCUUGCCAUGAAUGCCUUUGUUUCUGCUCCUAUAAAGAGCUCUUCAUCAGCCAACUGAUGUCCUUCUCCAUACUCCACCUCCUUGAGAGGUACACCCAUGAUGGCCCUGGCUUGUAUGAGGAACCCCAGGGUCCUCUUGAUCAGCCUGCACAUCUCCUCUUCAAGUCUGUGAAUCUGCACGCCCUCUGACUGAAGAAAAUAUAAUUGGUCACACUGUAAUAAAAAGGCUACAAUAAGUACAACCAUAUUUAAUUCAUCCAGUAUGAUUGACACCCACCUGGAAGCCAAUAUUAAAUUCAUAUAAAGGCUUAAGGGCAGCGCUCAGGAACAUGAAGUAAGCCUUCACGAUUGGAUCACGCACAUGGCUUGCUAGAUCACGCACUUUGGCACUCCUCUCCACCUCCUCAUGACUGUUAAAGUAGGCCUACAGUACAUAUGGACACAGGAUGGCAAUUCAUGGUUAAAAUGGAAAUCUAGCAUAGUUAACUGUGUAUAUAUUUGCUGGAGUUACCAUCCUUACCUGUAGACUCUGGUGUUGCAGUACCUGAGGAGCUUCAGGUGGUCUGAAUCAGUGAAAUCUACAAACGCUUUGUACAGUUCACAUCUUUUUGCACUGAAAGAUAGAAAAAUGUUUAUAAGAGUAUUAACUGCAGACCUAGAAAAAAUAAAGUCCUAUUUAUUUUAUUUGCAUCUACCUUUUAUCAAAGUGGGUGUAUAUUAUAGCGUCAAAUUCACGCCAAAACCCAAUAGGAGCAAUAAAGAAGAUCACGAGCAGCUCAUUUUAAUUCCAGGAGGGCGUGGAUUACAUUCCAUGCGCGCAUUGGAAGUCCCACGAGCGCUACUCUAUGCUGCAGGCACAAAAGUCAACACAGGGGUGCCAGAGAUGCUCCUUUCUGUGCUCUCGGUGAAUCAAACUGCUCGCGCGUGGAUUACUCCUGCGCGCUCGUGUGAAACAUUUGGCUGUUUAGAAAAAAAAAAGACAUUUACCUGCCUAUGAUUGGCCACUUUUCCGCUAUCCCCGCCCCAUGACCCCUGUUGCUAACCGUGACCAGCUAAUGCAGCUGAGAUUAAAACUUUUUAGCUACAAUAUUCAUAAUCAUGAAAAUAAAGAAAACUCUUUGAAUGAGAA